AUGCAAAACCGAAAUCUGAAGUAUUUUCCGAAGCUCGUUUCGAACUAUUGUUCUUCUCGCGAGGUCCAAAGACAGCCUGCUUCUAUGAUGGAAAACUAUAAGCUCACCAUGGAAUUAGCAAAUUUAAGUGAACGUCGAAAAGAAAAGAUAACGGAUAACUGCAUUCACUUGAGUUUUCUGCAACAAAAUUUAGUCACAUUAUUCUCCGGCUGCGGAGCCAUUGUUCAUCCCAAAAGAGCCGAUUUUGUUGCGAACACAAAUGAACUACUAGAUAGAGUAAACCUUAAAUUUUUGUUAUUUAAAAUGAAAGCGCAUCCGUGCGGGAAAGAGCUGCUGCUCAAGCGUCCAAGGAUAUCUCAAACUAUACUGGACGAGGCGUGGUUAUGUGAAGGCCAUACAUUUGGGGGGGCAUAUGCUCAAUUUAUGGGAACUCGUUCCUUUUAUCCAGCAGAACGUCCGACUGUAAGAUUUAUUGCCAGCUCAGAUUUAGGUUAUGUAGCGCUGAGAAUGCGCGAAUCUCAUGAUUUCUGGCAUGUAUUAUUUGGAUGUUCCACUAGUGUCAUCUCAGAGUUGCAGCUAAAGCUGAUAGAGUUUCGCUACACAAAUUCGCCUUCAGCUGGAUUAUCAUAUUUCUUAGCACCAGUUCGUUUGGGUUUACGUGACCGAAGAUACUUCUCAAACUUCUCUGUUUCGCAUGCGCACGUACCAAUUGAUGCAAAUAAGUUGAUAUUUUCCACUCUUGAGGAACGACUCCGUGUUCCGCUAAACUCUCUAAGGAAGGAGCUACUCGUUGAUAUUUGA